UCCAAUGCAAUAAUGGUUUUACAUCUCUAAUUUGGAGACGUAAACAAAAGCAGGCGAUAAAGAAGAAUAGCUGAGAAGAUUAGCAUAUAAGCGGUGAUUUUACUAGUUAUUGAAGUUCCACAAAACUCAAAUUUAAAUAGAAGUUCUCGCAAAAAAAUGACUUUAACUAAGACUGUAGAUCAAGCAACCAUCCUAAGCGGUGAUCGUUCCAAGCUAAAAGAUUUGCUUUGUAAUCGUUUGGCUGAAUGUGGCUGGCGUGACGAGGUACGUCUAAUGUGUCGCAAUAUAAUCAAGGAGAAGGGCAAUAACAUUAAGGUAGAGCAACUGAUUGCCGAUGUAACGCCACGCGCGCGUGCCAUUGUUCCCGAUGCUGUCAAGAAGGAGUUACUCAUGAAGAUCAAGGCUAUUUUAGCUGCUCAAGAAGGCAUUGAUUUGUAAAUAGGAAGUUAAGCGCGUACCUAGUGCUGCUUCCACUUACUAUUUUUUAUACGUACAUAACGAAAUAGUAUUUAUUGUAAGCAUGAUUUAUUGAUGAUUGCAUAAUGCGCAAUUGCUGAAAUUACUGAUAGAGUUAAAUUUUUAUUUAAAGAUUCAAAAUUUUUGUAAUUAUUUUCUCCCUGUAUAGACUCAAUUUUUAAGCUCAGUAAAUUUCCUAAGUGUAUUGAUUUAGAAAAA